AUGUCGAAAAGGUCCAAUGCAAAUAGCAAUUCCAAUGUAUACACUGCAUUGUCCCAAAUCACAGUAAGCGUUUGGAGCUCAGAUAAAAAUUUAAUACAAUCCAAUGAAAUCAUUAGAGUUCACCCAGCCUGUAAAAUAUCUAAAAUUUUGCAAUAUGUUCAUUUUUUGUUGAAAUCUACAAAACGUACUGAUAAUGACUUAUGCAAUGUCAAUGCUUACUGCUUACUAUAUAAGCAGAAAGUUUUAGACUUAAACUCCACAAUAGGCACUAUUAAAGAUCCCGAAACAUCAAUUUUUAGUUUAGAGUUUGAACUAGACACAAACAAAGCUAAUAACGACAACGGUCAUCCACAAAUCAAAUUCCUAAGUUAUUCUCCGCAAGAUUUUGUUGUUAACAAUAUAAAGGUAGAAUGCCAGAUUAAUACACUAUCCAGCUAUAAAAUAUUAAAUUUUGAUCCCAUUGAGAUAUCAUUAAAUUGUAAUUUCAGUGGUCUAGCUAAAAAAUGCCUGAAUAAAAUUAAUGAAUUUGAAAUCACAGGUAGUUCCACCGGCACUUUUUGUCUCAACGGACAUCACACCAUUGAUGAUAUCAUGAGCUUUAAUUUUGCUGGAAAGACUUUUACUGACCCAUUAAGUGUAAUUGAUCAAAGGUUGUGUGAUAUUUUAGGAUAUGAUUUAAUUCCUACGGACAAACCCUUUGUGUUAUUAUUGUUUAUUAGACACAAACAGAGGGAAAGCAAAAUAGCUUUGGAGUUCAUAUCUGACUCUGAAUUAAUGAUGAACCAAAUGAAUAUUAAUGAAAAUACAACUAUAUCAGACGUUAAAAACUUUUUAUGUUCUGUUUAUGCACAUGCCACUAGAAUUAAUUCAAAAGAUAUCAAAUUGAUAUAUCAGGGCCAACUGUUGGAUUGCGAAAAGGAACCUAAAAAAAAAAUAUUAUCGACUAUCACUCAUAAUGCUGACAGUAAUAUCAUUAGAGAAGAAGAUGGUACUAUGCAUUUCAAAAUACAUGUUUCUAUAAAUACUGACGGGUUUUUUAGAUAUGAUGAAAACGAACCAGGAUUUUGGACUGAAUUGUUUCAUAAUCCUAAUCGUUUCUCCUUUAUGAACAGAGGUGUUAAUGCACCUACACCAGAAAAUGCAACCGGCAGGAUCAACAAACGUGAGAAUGUUGUUUCCAACAGCAACAUUGUUAUUAAUAAUGGAACGACUGAUUUAUCUCCGGAAGAAUACGAAUUUUAUACAGAAGAAGGCGAUCAGGUCCAUAGAACAUGUGAAUCUUAUGAAAAAGUAUAUAUCAAAGGUUCACCUUAUUUUAUUAGAAGACGGGAAUUUGACACCUAUAAUUAUGCACUAAACGUAAGAUGCAAUGUUGAAGGCGGAGAAGAAGAAGAAGAAGAAGAAGAAGAUACCAUCAGUAUUGACAGAGAAGAUUUCCGACAAAUUGAUAAUUGUAUAUUUUUAUCAUCAAGAGUAAUUAAUACAAUAAAUGAUAAAUUUGGUGUAGUUAUAGAAAAACAACAAAUUGUAGAACAAGAUGAUGAGGGACAACUAUUUGGUGAAAGUGGGAGUUUGGUUAUUAACCAGAAUAAUAACAAUGCAAGUACAAAUGUUAAUCCGCUUUUACAAGAAACACGACUUGUUAGUAGAAUUAAAGAAUUUAUCAGAAUAUUUGCCAGGUCAAUUUAUUUGAUGUUUCGUAAUUCCAUCUUGGGUAUUAUAAUAUUAACAACCCUUUCUUCCUUUAUACCCGUUAAAUAUACCAUAGCGUUAUUAUUGAUAAACUUUUUGAGGGCCUUGUGGUUUACUAACGAGGUCUGGGAUAUGUGGAUAUUAUUUUUCACUAGAAAUACGCCCCUAGGUGAUAAAGAUUACAAUAGGUUUAGAAAGUUUAUUGUCACAGGAACAAUACCAAAAGAGCUACGGAGCAAGUUGAAAAGAAAUUGUAUUGUAAGAACCAUAUUAGCUCAAACAUUGAGGGAAUCACCAGAACUACAAAAAAAAAUUAUAAGAGAAUAUUUGCCCCAUAUGCAUAACAUAGAUAAUGGCAACGUUAUUACUGACACUGAUCAACUAGAGUCUUUAGUUUCUGAAAUUUUAGAGAAUUCAACCAAGAAUAAAUAUGAUGAAUUGCCUCAACCUGACUUGCAAGAAUUGUUUCAGCCCUUCUUCCAGUGGUUAAAUGAUAAGGUGGAGAACAGUUGGAAAAAUGAAUAUCCAACAGAUGAAAACGAAGGAUGUAUUUUGAAUACUAUAAGGAAUUACUUGAGACCACUUAGAGUAUUCGUUAAUAUUUUACAAAGAAUUAGUAAUUUUCUCAAUGAGGGGAUUGUGCUAUAUUUUUCUACCGAUACCGAAACAGAUAAUUUUUUCGUUGGAAUUCUGAAGACCAUUGUUUUGUUUUUCUUAUUAUUUUGGCCAGGUUAUGUGAUGGUUUUCAAUAGGAUGAUUAGAGCGAGUGAUUUGGAACGUGAAAGGAGAUUAAGACGUGAAGCUUUAGAAGAUAAUAAUGAACAUGCACCUGUUGAACAAUUAGAGGAUAAUGCUGUUGAAAAUGUGGUGAUGGAUGAAAUAAUGGCUGAAGAAGAGUAUGAACAUCUUGAUAGUAACAACAACGAAGGUAAUGAUAAUUUUGAGUUAAUUGAAGAAAUUGAUGGGGCCACGGGUUCUGUACGUCGCUAA